UCAAGGGGUUGAUAUGCCGUAGCUAUACGAGGGCUAACCAGAGCGGGUCGGGUCUCGGAAGCUUCUAGUCCCUCUCUAACUCCGAAGUCGAUCGUUACCUUGUAAUUUCUGUCGUCGGCGUUUGUUGGGGACUACAGUUCAUAUUAGCAGAUGGCUUUCUUCUCUGGAAUCCGUCGCCUUAUUCGCGAUUCAUCUUCUUCCUCUUCAAUUCUCUAUUCGCAAGGCUUCUCGAUUCGUCUUUGUUCAACCCUCACGACCCCCAAGCUUUUCGUCAGUGGUCUUUCAAGACUGACCACGGAUGAAAAGCUGAAGGAAGCAUUUGCUCCUUUUGGGCAACUGGUUGAAGCUAAGGUCAUAACUGAUAGAAUAUCUGGAAGAUCAAAGGGAUUUGGUUUUGUAACUUACGCAAACAUAGAAGAUGCUGAAAAGGCCAAGGAAGGAAUGAAUGCUAAGUUUUUGGAUGGAUGGGUCAUUUUUGUCGAUCCUGCCAAACCAAGAGAACCUAAACCUCUGCAAUCACAGACUAAGCCCUCUGAAACAGGUUUUACAGUAAACAAGACGGUUGGAUGGUGUGGUUGAUUGUUGAAGAAAUUUUCUUCGUUUUUAUUGUGUUAGGAUUAUUCUUGAAAGACUGUAAUCAUCUACACUAAUCAAACAGCAAUUGCUGGGGAAAUUUUGAACCAGUUGGUAUCUGGUGAUUGGACUUGACAUUUCAGGAAAUUUUGAUGUUAAUUUGGAAUUA